ACCACACACAAAUAUAAAUAUAUAUUUUUUAAAAAAAGUUUAUAUCUUAUCUAUUUAUUUUUAAUUUUUUUAUUUAUUAUAUUAUUAAAUUUACACACAUUGUAUUAUUAAGUACAUUCACAACUUUUUGUAUAUAAAUAAAAAAUAACAUAAUAUCUCAGUAACAUGGAAACUGCAACAGAAAAUAAAGAUUCAGUUGUUGAGGUGAAGACAACUGAAACAACAACAACAACAACAACCACAACAGAUACACAACAACAACCAAAUUCAACAAAAGUAGAAGAAACAACCACCACUACAACUACUACAGCUGCACCAGAAUCAACACCAGCAACAACUACUACAACCACAAGCGAUACACAAUCAGCCCCAACCACCACUACCACUACAGCACCAGCCCCAACCACCACAGCAGCACCAGCCCCAGUAGCAAAUGGUAGACAAAAAACAAUAGUUAAAGAUAUUCCAUUACCAAGCACUGUUAUGGAAGCACUUUCAUAUACAACUAAUAAAUUACCAAAUCAAUUAGCAAUGAGAGUCGAAAGAAAUGGUACAUGGAAGAAAUGGACAUGGCAACAAUAUAGAAACGAUGUUAUUGCAGCAAGUAAAUCAAUUAUUUCAUUAGGUGUUCAUAGUAGAGCUGGUAUCAAUGUUAUUGGUUUCAACUCUCCAGAAUGGCAUAUUGCAUAUUUGGGUGCAAUUCACUCUAAUGCAUUACCAACUGGUGUUUAUACCACCUCUUCACCAGGUCAAUGUGAAUACUUUGCAACUCACAGUGAUGCUCAAUUAGUUUUUGUUGAAGAUAUAAAACAAUUGGAAAAGUAUUUAUCAAUUAGAGAUAAAAUACCAAAUAUUAAAGCUUUAGUUAUUAUGGAGCCAGCCGCUACCACUACCUCUGAUAAAGAAUCCACUACUACCGCUGAUGCCGAAACACCAUUAUCAAUGUCAACUAAAUAUCCAGGUUAUGUAUACACAUGGGAGCAAUUUAUGGAUCUUGGUAAAGCAAUUGAAGAAUCUGAAGUUGAAAAUCACUCCAAAAAUAUCAAACCAAGUGAUUUGGCCACUCUUAUUUACACAUCUGGUACCACAUCUUUACCAAAAGGUGUUAUGUUAACACAUUGCAAUAUUCUUUGGACUGUUCAUACUAUUGGUUACGAUGUUGUAAAUGUUGCUGCUCCACAAACAGAAAGAAUUAUAAGUUAUCUCCCACUUUCACAUAUCGCUGAACAAAUUGUAUCAUUAUAUGCACCAAUGGUAUUUGGUUUCCCAGUUGCAUUUGCACAAAAAACUGCCCUUAGUGGUACAUUAUUAGAUACAUUACAAGAAGUUAGACCAACUAUUUUCUUUGGUGUACCAAGAGUUUGGGAAAAAAUUCAAGUUAAAAUUCAAUCAAUGUUAAGUCAAAAUACUGGUAUUAAAAAGAAAUUAGUAUCAUGGGCACAAAAGAAAGGUGUUGAGGGUGGUUAUAAUAUUCAAAAAGGUGAAAAGAAACCAAGAGGUUAUGGUAUAGCUAAAAAAUUAGUAUUCAAAAAAGCAAUUUAUAAUUUAGGUUUAGAUCAAUGUAAACUUUUAGCAUCAGCAGCUGCACCAAUCUCAGUAGAAACUUUAGAUUUCUUUUUGGGUUUAGGUAUUUCAGUAUGUGAAGCAUACGGUAUGUCAGAGUUAUCAGGUCCACAAAGUGUUGGUUAUCCAAGAAAUAAGACUGGUAGUGUUGGUAAAACAAUGAAGGGUAGUGAUGUUAGAGUUGCUGAAGACGGAGAAAUUCUUGUUAGAGGUCCAAAUUGUUUUGUUGGUUAUUACAAGAAUGAAGAGGCUUCAAGAGAAACCAUUGAUAAGGACGGUUGGGUACACACUGGUGAUGUUGGUCAUAUUGAUUCAGAAGGCUUUAUUUAUAUCACUGAUAGAAAGAAAGAAUUAAUCAUUACUGCUGGUGGUGAAAAUAUUUCACCAACUCUUAUUGAAGGUUUUAUUCGUCAAAUUAUUGGUGUAGAACAAGCUGUUGUCAUUGGUGAUCGUCAAAAGUAUUUAGUUGCUCUUAUCACUGUCAAUCCAGAUCUCUUCAAAUUACUUCCAUCCCAAGGUUAUACCCAUCCAUUACCAAAGACCAUGGAGGAGGCUAUGAACGAUAAAGAAUUUAACAACUAUAUCAACAAUCACAUUCAAGAUAUGAACACAAAACUUCCAAAUGUUUCAACUAUUAAGAAAUUCAAAAUCUUACCAGUUGAAUUCCAAGAGACUGGCGAAACCUCUGAACUUACUCCAACAAAGAAAUUAAAAAGAAGAAUUAUUACUACAAAAUAUGAAAAUGAAAUUAAAGAGUUAUAUGGUGAUCAAUAUGCUGAAGGUGGCUUUAAAGAUACUUCAAAACCAACUAAUACUAUUCCAGAACCAUCACAACCAUCAUCAUCAAACACUACUACAACCACCACUACCGCUUCCAAUGCCCCAGUACUUGUUGUUCCAAUUGUCGCUGUUGAAGAACCAGCUAAACCAACCACUACCGAAGAAUCAAAACCAGUUGUUAUUGAACCAAUCAUUAUCCAACAAACUGAAACAACUACUGUUGUAACUGAAGAGCCACCAAAACCAGUUGUUGAAGAAUCAAAACCAGUUGUUGAGGAAUCAAAACCAGUCGUCGAAGAAUCAAAACCAGUUACUGAAGAUACCAAAACUGUUGAAAUGGUUCCAGUUACUAUUGUUGAAGAAACCCCAGUUGCUACUAAAGGCAAUGAUGAAGAAACCAUUGUUGAAGCAGUUCAAGUUAAUCUUGUUCAAUCAUCAGAAAGUAGUACUGCUGUUGCAUCAACCACUGCUACCGAAAAUAAUAAAGAAGAAAAUGAAGGUCCAAAAUUAAAGGAUGAUACCAUCGAACCAAACACUAAUAAUAACGAAAAUAAUAAUGAAAAUAAAGUAAAUGAUUCAAACUAUUCUUCCAGUGUCUCUGACACCACCUCUUCUGAUUCAUCUAGCCCAGCCACAUUUGAUGAAGAUAAAGAAAGCGCAUCAAGUUCAACCACUAGCUCAUUAACCCCAUCUAGCUCCAGCGAGGAUAUUCAAAAACUUAAUCAACCUCAAAAUAACUAA